UUUGGAAGGGGCGCUCAAGAUGGCGGUUAGAUUCCAAUAGUCGUGAUUUAAGCGUCAUCCGUGUAGUGGGUUAGGGCAUGCGGUUGCCAGUUCGAGUCCAACAGGUGUGACCGGAACGACAACCCUGGCUUCAGGAACUGUUUUGAACAAAUCAGAUUGAAUCAAUCAACUACUGUUAUCAGUUAGUGGGAUGACACGCGGGUGCGGAUUCCUCCAAGCAAAGAACCAUCACAAGUUCCAGCCCACGAUGCAUUUAUAUGUGAAAUAAAUAUGGAAUGAACAGGGCCGCGGAUGAGAGGGAUGCUGCCUGCAGUAUAUCGGAAUGUACUAGUCAGAAUUGUAGGGCAGAUCAGCUAUAUGAAUGAUGACUGGAGAUGGCCUUCAGUGCAAUGCCGGCGUUAUUCCAACCAGCUGCAAUUAGUGAAUUUCACCUCAUUAAUCCAAGGCGUCGCGCAUCUACUAUGACAAUUCUCUCUGUCGGGUUCACAUAAUCAACGACUUGCCGUAGUUAACUUAUCGUCGGGUAAAUGAGAAAUCGAUGUCCGACCUCCCUGGUUUUCCUAAUCCAAGAAGGGCUUCCGAAUGUAGCAAGAAUUUGUGCAAUUUCUAGCAAGAAUUUCUUGCAAGCACUCGCUUGUUCAGAGAGAAUGAGGUGGUUUCCAAUGAUAAUGAGGUUUAACAGGGUCAUCAAAUCAGGAUCUCAAUGCAUUUAGUCUUUUUUUUAUAUUGCAACAGCGAAUAACCUGCUGUUGCGAUGCUGCCUCAGACCUGCUCUACAAAAUCUGCUGUCGAUAACAUCACCCUAUAAAAGAACGGUGUGGUGAACCUUGGACCUGGGUAUCGUUAUAAGAUUAUGGCAACAAUGCGACGUCUUUUUGAAGCAUGUCACCCAAGCCCUCAAGUUUCUCAAUGGGACCAGUUGUGUCCCAAGUGCUAAGUGAUUGUCAAGGAGCAGGGCUACGAAGCACAGCUGAGAUUGGGACCAAGCCUUCACGAGCAGGUGGUGAGACUGGAGACGGAAAUGAAACUGAAAAAGAUGGAGGAUAGACUUCACAAGAGAGAAAAGAGAGAGCGCAGUUUGCAGGAACAUGGUGUUUUUGUCUGCGUGGAAUUCUGUUAUGAGCCCGGCCCACACCGAUAUUAUCUUGCAAUCUGGCGGCCAUAUUGUCAAUGCGCACCGCGUAGUCCUUGCACCAAAACCUCAUGUGAUGCAGAAAAAGCUGAAAGGGAACCUGGACCGAAUAGGAACAGCACCGAUGGAGAUGUAUGUUUUCCCGGAAGUGUUGGAUGCAUUUGUGCGCUAUUUGUACACGAGCCACAUAAGUCACAGGGAUCUUGAAAGUAAUGCAACCAAACUCCUUAUUGCAGGCAAAAGGUAUGGCGUUGGAUCUUUACAACUCAUAGCAGAGCGAAACAUUGCAAAGCAUGUUACCAGCGAGACAGCUCUCAGCACUUGGGAACUGGGUGUCGAUCACGAUUCAGAGAUUAUAAAACGCUCUGUGCUACAUACUCUUGUGAAGGAUGUACAAGACAUUCCAAAACUCGAAGAAUACCGAACAUACCGGUGCCAGAAGGACCCAGAACUUCUCAUUGGGCUAUUCGAAAACCUCAUUGGAAGGAUGAAUUGAUUUACAAAACAGCAUGAAUGAAUGUUACGAGUAAUAAAGAAACAAAUGCCAGAGGAGCUAGUACUCAGCAUGAUUACCAGUCCUAAGUUUUCAAUACAUGAGAGAAUUUUUUAGCUAUCAUAGCUA